AAUGCGAGAAAACGACUUGCAACAAACAAGUACUCAUUUGUAAAAUUUCUUCCUCGAACACAAUGCCUGACACCCAGAGAAACUUUGGUCAACAUACAGCGGAACAAGAAAGGUAAUUAUGUUUGCAGAUUUUAUAAGAAAAUUUGUUUUGAUGGUAGCUUGUGAAAUUGAUGAAUAAUUAAUUAGUUUUGUAUCUAAUUUAAAUUUGAAUAAUAAGAAUGCUAAUUAGUUACGAUUAAGCACUGGCAAUAAGUCUUCUGUUGCAAGAACUUCAAUCCGAAAUCCAACAUCCGCGUCCAUAUUUAAUGAAUAUAUAAUCACUCACCUUCGAUCAGCUGGUGUUUGUACAUUCCAUAUAUGAUACUAGUACUGCCGCUCAUGUUGUAAAAAUUACAUAAAGUUUAGCACUUUACACGCAUUCGCGAAAUUCGACGUGACUGAAUGGGAUUAAUUUCGUCUAUUAAAAAUUGACAAAGAAUGCUGGCCGGUAGCUUCCUAGCUACUACCAGUAUUACAAUCAGGGACGAAACUUGAGCCCCCAAAGCUGGAUUGGCAGGGCAAAUCAUCUGGAUUGGCAGGGCAAAUCAUCUGGAUUGGCAGGGCAAUGAAAUAUUUUAAAUGAUAGAAUGUACAGUUAUUAAGUAGCUUCCAGGGCUUCCAGAGGGAAUUGAAUAGAAUUGAUAGACCUAAAUUUUACAAAUAUGGGUAAAAAAAUAAGGGUUAAUUUCAUGCAUGUUUUAGCAGGAAUUUGUCCGAAAAAAUUUUUUUGACUCUUAAUUUAACUGGUUUAUGUCCGGAAAAAUUUUUUCGCCCCUUUUUUGAAUGUCCGGAAAAAUUUUUUUCGUCGACCUCCCUUUUUAGGAAAAACAGUGCACAAAAAAUUUUUUUCUUGCAGGGCAUCAUCGGCUUUCCCAGGGCAAUUCCAAAAGACACCCCCCUUAUUAAAAAGGGCUAGUUUCGCCCCUGAUUACAAUCAGCGCACUUUUAUCAGGAUUAGUGGAUACUGAUCUUUUAUACAAAUGUUAAUUACCAUAAACUUUAGGCUCUGUUACACAAAUAUCAGUAUAUUAUUUGCACAAUGAAUUAUGGAAUUGCGAAUAUUAUGCUAUUUCAAUGCUAUAAUGAAAUAUUUUUAAACAAAAAUUAUGUAAAAUAGUUAGUAUAAAGGUAAAAUUAAAGAAGUUCGAUAUCGAGAUCCGACCUCAGGCAGACCUUGCGUGUAGUCACUGCGAUAUGUUUAACAGUUCAACUUUUGUUUGCAGGAGAUACAGGAUUCGACAUGGAAAAGUUCCACAGUGAGGAAUACCAACGAACAUUUCAGUAUCUUACGCAGUUUAUUGCAAACGGCUCAAAUUUAGACACAUUUUCGUUUAUAUACCAACCUUUUGUCAUGAUUGGUGACCCAGUUGAUGCUUUGAAGAUUAUAAUCAAGUAAGAGUGAUUUGAUAAUUCGGAGUUUAUAACACAUAAGCAUAAACGUUAUAAUGAUUAAUGUAAUUAGUCCAUUCACAAAAAUCAUGCUUAUAUACUUGUACAUGUACGAAACCACAAAUAAUUUGAAAUCAGUUAAUAUUGUACUAUAAAAUUUUAAAAAAUGUUCAAAUAGUUUUUAUUUUGUUCUAAAUAGGUUGGAUAUAUAUUUUUAGUAUUUGCUUUACAGUUUUCAAACCAGUGUUCAAAAGGCACUAAAAUCUGGUGCAUUGACCAAUGUUAGGUUAUAAAAUAACUGCUAAUAACCACGACAAGCAGACAACUUCAGAAAAUACAAAAUAAAACAAAUUCCGAAAAUAGACAUCUUGUGUUCUUGAUAUUCAAGAUAAAAACAAGAGUGUAAAGACAGAGUCGGUAUCCUGUAAAUAACUGCUAAAUCAGUGAUAUUGCGCCAAAAGAGAUUUGACUCUGUACAUAAUUAGGGGUGGAACAAUAUUUUACUUCCUGGGACCGCAAGAGAACAUUGAAGCAUUUUCUGUGAAUAAUCAAGUAAAUUGAUACUUGGACACUGUAACUGUGUAACACUAACAAGAUGUCAAAGUUAAUGUCAUGCUAUGUUCUGAUAGAAAAAAAAUUCAGUGCAAUAAGAAUCUUAAUAAUACUUUUAGGAAUAUCACAUAAAACUAAUUUAGAUCACAUGCAUCAGGAGUCAGAUCAUAAGGUAAAUUGCCAGAUGCCAAAAAAGGGUACUACUGAAGGUACUACUGGAGGUACUACUGGGGGAACUACUGGGGUCACUAUUAAGGGGAUGAAGGCAUGAUCCCCCCGAAAAUUUUGCCUAUACAUUUAUACAUUAUUGCGCUAUUAAAAUGGAUGCACUUAUAUAAAUGUAUUUCUAAGGUCAUACCUACAGUCAGAGGUAACAUUCUUUCUAUUGGUUAGAAUUUUCCUCUGAAUUUCUCCUUUUAUUAUAUUUAAAAUUUUACAAUUAUCUCUUUCUUUCUUGGGAAGUAUUUUCUGGAAAUUAAAAUUUUCUGGGAGCAAUGGUCCCAUGGUCCGAUACGUUGUCCACCCCUGUACAUAAUGGUGUUAUUUUGUACAUUUUUAUUUAGCACCACUUUUAAUAAAUAGUGAAGAAUAAGUGGUGUAUAAACACUAUAGUUUUAAUUUUUCUCAGGAUAAAUUUUCUAUGCAGUAGGUUAAUUACUGCCAUAAGUAAGCAUGCAAUACUCAAUUUGUGUAAUAAUAAUAUAGGCGUGUCUAAAUGCUUCACAACUCAUUUACAGUCUGGCAAAACGUGUUUUAGAUAUUGUGGAAUUCGUGAUCCAUCUUGGGCAGAACUUUAUCAUUUUGUAAACUUUUUGAACAUCCAGCUGCGUGACUGUGAAGAAAGCGUUUUCUGCAACCCGCUAUUGGUUGGUGAUCUCUUGCAAGGUUUUAGAACAUUUGCAGUUCGUUUUAUGAUUCAGAUGUCUCGUGUAAGUUUCUCAUUUAUUAACAACAAUAAUAAUAAUAGUAGUAAUCAUAAAAAUCGUGAUAAAUCAUGGAAGUCAUGAUAUUCAUAUGUUUUCUUGACCGUUUCAACAAGGUUUCACCAAAGAAUGAGAUUAUUUUUCCUUGACUUAUUUGAAUAAUAAUAUUGUUGAAAUUCUCAAAUGUGGUCAAAAUGUAUUUUACACACAUUUUUAUGAAACCAUAAUUAAGAUUUAAAAGUACUAUCCAAUUGAAUAUUUAAGAUUUUGGUUAUUUUGGCUCAAACAUGGCCUUAGUGUAGCAUUUCAUUUUUGACGUUCAUACUGGACCAGGUGUACAAUUUGUAUCCAGCGCAAUUUGGUACACUACUAUGACAGCCAAAAAGCAAGUGAUAAACAAAGUAAAAUUCUAGCAAACAAGAUGUUGUGAUUUAUUGUGAUGUCUUGUUUGAAUUUAAAGUUUCAAUUAUACAAGGGCUGUAAGCCUGUUAGCAUAAUUAUUGUUAUAUGAGUGAACGAAGGGGGAAUUAAAGCCUAGCAUAUGCUUAUAUUUUAUGAACUCUGGUCAAAAUAUAUGAAAAUACAAGCGGUAAUGCUUAUCUAUUUGUCGUUGGGAUCACCUUUUAACACUAGAGGUCACCCCCAAAGUAAACAAAAGUGUAGAUGCUACACCCCCAUGAGAGGCACCAUCCCAUAAUCCCCCAGUGACUUUUAACACGAAGGCAUGUUCACCAUUCGCAACAGUGAUCUAUAGAUCAGUGAUAAACUGGUGGGGACAAGUAUAUUUCAGCCUUCGUUCACUCAUAUAACCCCAAUUAUACUAACAGGCUGACAGCCCUUGUAUAAUUGGAAUUUUGUAGUAACGAUAUUAUUGUAGCGACGUUAUGACAUCAUAUUGAGAAAGAUCUAUUAAUAAUGUUCUAUAGACAAGCGUGUACCCGGAUUUAAAACAUUUUGUUUGCCGUCAUUAUGUUCCCUUUGUCAACAUUUGACUUUGCAAAUAACGAAAUAAACUAGCAGAUAAUAAAGUAAUACGUAACUUACUAACCUCGGCCAUGAUGAGAAAUAUCAAACCUAUUUCUCUUGGCUCUGGUCCCAAUAUUGUUCGCUUGCUUGGACCACAGGCAACUCCUCCUCGAGUUUCAUUUUUUCUAUUUUGUUUUUUAAAGUUUCUCUUUUAUCAAGCGUCAAAGCUUUCGCCUUAAUAUCAGCUGUUCUUUCCGUUUUGUAGCCAGUGCAAAAUGAACACUUGCAGGGAGGUGAGUCCGGGAUUGGACGCACCGAGGGUGGCUGGAAGUUUACCGAACUUACCGCGCGAAGCGAGGUGAGUUCGGGAAACUUCCAGCCACCCGAGGUGCGUCCAAUCCCGGACUCACCGAACCUGCAAGUACGUUUGGUUUUUAUCUCAUACACCGAGCCAUACACACAUUUGUAGCUCUUCGCGAUAUAUUCGUCGAUGUUUUGUCAACAUUUUUCCAGCCAAAAAAAUCACUGGGCAAGAACACAAUUCUUUAUCUACGUCUAGAUUACCUUUACUGCAUUUUUCUUUGGUUUUUCUUCAGUCUCAGCAAGUUAGUCACCGAAAAAGUUCUAUAAAGUCUAGGUUUAUCGGCUAAAUUUUGUCCGCCAUAUUUGUUAUUGUUAUUGCAAGUUGCAACGUGAGCAGUUUCGCGGGUGAGUUCGGCGAAAAGCAGGUGAGUUCGGGCAAAAAGCAGGUGAGCUCGACGACAAACUCACCUGCUCUAAACCAAUCAGAAAGCCGCUUUUAACACAGGUAUGGGAUAAGAAUUUGGCUACACAAACUUGUUUGUUAGUUUGAUAUUUCUCGUUAUGACUUCAUUAAUAGUUUAUAAAUAGUUAAUAUUGUGAUCCACUAUAGUAUUUUAGAAUAUAUUAUAGAUAGUAUGUUCUCGCCCUGUAGGAUUUUGCCACUAGAUCACUAAGUGACAAUAACUUGGGUGUUGAAGAUGCAUCUAGAGCAGACGAAGAUGAUGAUUUAGCUCCAUUUCAAAUACGAAGACGUUGGGAAUUAAGGUGCAUAAAACAAGAACAUCUUUCGCAAACAUACACAGUCCAUAUUUCUUUAUUAUUUGUGACGAAAUUAGAAAAAUAUGCUUAUUUAUUUUUGGUUAUUCAAAAAUUAUCAAAUGCUCGAUGCAGUAAAUUUGAAACUUUACUAAAAAAUUGUGUAAAUGUGCUUAAAAUUAAGUAUAUGGCUUAGCAUUGGCACUAUCAUGAAAAUUUUUUUUUCAUAAUCCAGAAACAUAACGUGUGCUUGAUAUUCUUACCAAAUUUCAAGGCAAAAUUCGUUCAUCUUCCUGACUUUUUUACGAUUCUUAUUUGCCAAUUUUACGGCCGCCAUUAAACGCUGCCAAUUAAGCGAGAAGGCGUUUUGAAGAGGAUGUGACGUCAUUCACUCAACACGCCGAAUGUUUUUAUUGUAUUUCACUACUAUUUCAACAAUGUCUUCGUACAAAGGAGAGUCAGAAACUUCAGAAUUAGUGAACACUCGCAUGGGAGCAAAGUGAGCUGUGAUGAAGAAACGUACGGUGACUCACAUUCAAGUGAAAAUAGUGUUGAACAGAAGAAAACAAACCUAGAAAAGUUAAUAUUUGUCGACAAUAAAUGUAAGUUAUAGAUAUAAACACAUGAUUUCAACGCAUAAUUUUGUGUCUAUUGGCAUAGGCUGCCCAAAAGUGCGUGUUGUAAUUUUUACCCUCGCGCGUGGCGCUCGGGCAUGCAUCGAGUCUACUCAGUUUAUUAUUAUGACAAGGUUGGCAAGACGUUUAACGGAAAUUUAAUACAACGUUUACUAGAGUAUGAAUAUUUCGCAAAUUACAAACAAAAACAAUAUAAAAUCUACAUAAUUUCAAACACUGGUAAUUUACUACAUUCUCUCAAAGUUAUAACUUCAAAAGUUCAUUCUAAGGUUGUUAAAAAAGCGAAUUAUUUUCGGGUUUUUUUGCAAAAUUUUGUCAAAACUAUGCUGGGGUUACGUACCCUGUGGUGAUGUCAUAUUUUUUAAAUUUUGAAGAAGCGUUGAUUUGCUGUUGUACACGAUUCCAGUACAACAGCAAAUCAGCGCUUCUCAAAAUUUAAAAAAUAUGACAUCACCACAGGAUACGUGACCCCAGCAUAGUUUUGACAAAAUUUUGCAAAAAAACCGAAAAUAAUUCGCUUUUUUAACAACCUUAGAAUGAACUUUUGAAGUUAAAACUUUGAGAGAAUGUAGUAAAAUUACCAGUGUUUGAAAUGAUGUAGAUUUUAUAUUGUUUUUGUUUGUAAUUUGCGAAAUAUUCAUACUCUAGUAAACGUUGUAAUAAAUUUCCGUUAAAAGUCUUGCCAACCUUCUCAUAAUAAUAAACUGAGUAGACUCGAUGCAUGCCUGAGCGCCACGCGCGAGGGUAAAAAUUUCAACACGCACUUUUGGGCAGCCUAUGCUAUUGGUCUAUUUCUGUAUUUUUAACGACUGUAAAUUAAACUGACACUCAGGGAAAUUAGUGCACUUGGAGAUUUUAUAGCACAAGUAAAUAUCCUAUGACUUUAUCUGCGUUUUCGCUUGCCCUGGGACACGUAUAAACGCGAUAUAUAUCGAGGUACUGAUAUUAUACUGUACCAAAGAUUAUUGCAUAUAAUAUUAACAAUAAGUUGAUUUCAGAUUUUACAACUAAUUGCAUUUGAAUCGGAUAAUUUUUAUAAAUAGAACGAAUCACAAAAUUAAUAUGCUAAAUUAAUAAUGCUUCAAAUCAGUUCAAAUGUUCAAUAUUUGUUUUCCAUACUUUUAUAGACCUUCAAUGCCAAUGGCAAUGGGCGCCGUGCAAGUUGAAAAUUACACAUCUACUUUUCAAAUGCAAGUUGUAAAAUCAACUAUUGUAUUUAUCCCCGUCGCGUGUGACCUUUUUAUACUGUAUAUAUAGUUUGCUAUACAAUACUAGCCGGCCUACAACGAGUCUUUAAUACGGCAAGCGAAAACGCGCGUAGAGUCGUAGGAUAUUUUAUACUUGCACUAUAAAAUUCCUGAGCUAGUGCAUGUCAGUUUAUUAAUUUACAGUCGUUAAACAUACAGCAAUAGAUCGAUAGACAGUUAUUAGACACACAUGCAUUGAAAUAUUAUUUAUAGCUAUAAAUUACAAGGCAUUUGUUUGUAUUUUUGUUCGUAUUUUGAUUGACCGAAAGUUUAUUAUCAUAUUGUUUAUUAGAGUAGUUACUUUAGCAAUACCUUGUAAAUUAUGGUCAUGCUAAUGAAGUAUUUCAUAAUAAUAAUAAUAAUAAUAAUAUCAUACGUAGUACGCUAUUAAAGGUUUUCCUUCCAUCGGCCAUCGCUGCUUAUGUUUUGUGUACGUGAGAAACUAUCAAGUUGCUGUGAUGUAUAUUAAAGAAGUAUAAAGCGAUGCUAUAAAGGCAAACUUUGAACAAUUGAUGAAAAUUAUCCUUUUCAACUUUAAAGUAAGUUUGUGCCAAAGGUUAAUAUGUUUUCAACAACAAACAAGAUUGUCAACAAAUAUUAACUUUUCUAGGUUUGACUUCUUCUUUUCAUCACUAUUUUCACUUGAAUGUGAGUCAUCGUACGUUUCUUAUUCACAGCUCGCUUUGUUCCCUUGCGAGUGUUCACUUUCUGAAGUUUCUGACUCUCCUUUGUAUAAAUUUGUACGAAGACAUUGUUGAAAUAGUAGUGAAAUACAAUAAAAACAUUCGGCGUGUUGAGUGAAUGACGUCACAUCCUCUUCAAAACGCCUUCUCGCUUAAUUGGCUGCGUUUAAUGGCGGCCGUAAAAUUGGCAAAUAAGAAUCGUAAAAAAGUCAGGAAGAUGAACGAAUUUUGCCUUGAAAUUUGGUAAGAAUAUCAAGCACAUGCACGUUAUAUUUCUGGAUUAUGAAAAAAAAAAAUUCACGAUAGUGCCACUUUAAAAUUAAGUAUAAUUUUACCUAAAAUUUUGAGUCACUGUGGGUUCAUUAUUUUACUCACGUUUUUAGUCAAAAUACUCAGGGAGUUUUUGCAGUGAUUUAAAUAAAGUGAAGAACGAUCAGUGGCGCUUUUCCUUCCACAAAAUUAUUGCUUCAAGGAACAUAACAUAAAAAUGUUGGUUGAAUAAAACUGAUAUUUAUAAUAGUUACGCAAAGCUCAUGCUUUCUAGGAGAUUGAUUAUUAUAUUUACAUUCACUUGUUCUAUUAAUAGUUUCGCUAUAAAUUGCAAAAGAAAUGUUAAGAUUGAAUUUCUCGUUGAAUAAACGUCCACUCAGCGACUGUACUUCAAACGUCACUGUAUUUCGCGUUUAUGGUCUUACAGUUUUUAAUUACAAUAACUUAUUGCAAUAACUUAUUGCAGUAUUCAUGACAAAUAUAUUAUUGUGGAUGUUUCAGUUUUAUCUUUGAGUAUGUUUUCCUUCUUGGAGAAUCACUUACUGGUAUUUCAACAAAUGUUUCAUGUAUGAUCAUGCAUCUAAUCACAGUUUUUAAAACUCUAAAUCUUAUAUCAUAUUUAUUUUUUUUACAGUCCCCAUCCUUACAUCUUUUUCAACCAUGACCGUGUCAGCAUGACUUUCCUGGGAUUUCUGCUCAGUCAGGAAGGUGAUUUACUUCAUCCUGGAACGAACAGAGUUUUGGAACAAAGGUUGAUGGAGCCUACGUUAAGAGGACAACUUAAACUUCAGGGCGUCGAUUUUGAUGUAAACUACGAGAACCGUGACAGGUUGGCUUGAAUACAGUAAUGUAUACUGUUUUCUAUUUAAUUCUAGGAUUUUUUAGGAUUUGCGAAGCAAAAUCCUUUAUGUCAUCAGGUUUGUAAGAUAAAUAGAUAGAUAUAGUAACACGAAUGACGUAGGAUAAUUAACGUUGAGUUCCGAGUCGAGUAUUCGUGAACUGCCGGACGCUAUUAUCUGCGAUUUCUGUUUGUCGUAUAUACGCAAUCUUUCGGGCAAAAAACCCGCCACGCUGGUCAUAUUCAGCAAAUUUUCUCCCAGUACCGCAGGCUCGCAUUUUCAGCGCACUUGCGGUAAAAAAUUGAAACUUUUGCAUUUUUCAAAUAACUGGCCACUUUCUGUAAGAUGUUCGCUGACAAUACGAGCCCGCACGAGUGGGAGAAAUUUUGCUAAAUUUGACCAAUGACUAAACAUAGACCAAUGACUAAACAUUGUACCACUUACUUUGAGCUAAACGAAGGAAUAUAUGACUGUUUUGUGCUAGGAAUACAAAUGGAAAAGGUCCUAAAAGACAAAUUCGUUCAACUCAGGAGCGGACUACGGAGUUAUAAAAUAUAUUUAAAAACGGUGUUUCUAUUAUGAAAACGGUAUUGUUCAUUUUUUAUUCGUAUUCAUUGGAAAUGAAUUAGAAAUGUAAUUGCUUGUUACGGAAUGCAGAAACAUCCAAACAAUUUAGUUAUUUUUUAUCCAAACGUUAAAUAUCUUCAACAUUUCUACAAAUUGAGUUUUUUUUAUCUUCCAAGCAGUAAUAAAGCCAUUUAAGGAGGCUCCCUACAGUUUCCAACAUAUGUCAGUGUUUUAAACUAAAACCUAUUUAAUUAAUUUGAAUCUAAAAAAACUAAUUUUUUUGCACAAGCCAUUGUUUCCUCUUAUAUAAAAGAGUAAUUUUAACCCACAAUCGCUACUCUUCAUGUCACCAUGACAACAUGACGUCACCAUCUAUAUUGCCUAUAUCAACCAAAAAAGCCGUCUUAGCGGACAAAUAAUCACGGUGACCUACCUUUUUUAUUGCAGAAAAUACAUUGCUAUGAAGUUUUGAAUCUUUUAUGAAAGUUAUUUGAAAAUCGCCAGUACGUGUAGUGAGAAACUGAAUUUCAGCCUUUCCAAAGGCUAGAAUGCAAUCUCAAAAGGCUGAAAUUCGGGUUCUCGAAAACUACACUGGCGAUUUUCAAAUAAUUUUCAAAAAAGAUUCUAAACUUCAUCACAAUGUAUUUUCUGCAAUAAAAAAGGUAGGUCACCUUGGUUAUUUUGUUUGCUACAACGGCUUUUUUGGUUGAUAUAGGCCAUAUAGAUGGUGACGUCAUGUUGUCAUGGUAAUGUGAAGAGUAGCGAUUGUGGGUUAAAAUUACUCUUUUAUAUAAGAGGAAACAAUGGCUUGUGCAAAAAAAUUUUUUUAGAUUCAAUUUAAUUAAAUAGGUUUUAGUUUAAACCACUGACAUAUGUUGGAAACUGUAGGGAGCCUCCUUAAAAGAUGUAGUAGAUUGACUUUAAAUAUAACAGUUAUUAAUUAAGCAAAAAUUUACUUUCAAAGAAAAGAUUUGUCGUGAUGUUGUUUUUAUAUUACAUUUUGGGCGAUAUUUUUCCAUCUUUCUUGCAUUAUAAAAUUUACAACAAAAUUGCAAAUCCUUACGCACUCCUCGAGUGCCUAUUUUUUAUAUUGUGAGAAAAGUUGUAACAAUAAAUAUUUUCCUUUCAUCAAAGGAUGGCACGUAUCGAGAACUUAUGCAGUGUCAUGGGAAUUGAGUACUUGCAUGAUCCAGAUCCCACAUAUGAACUCACCACAGAUAAUGUUGAAAAAAUUUUGGCAAUUCACAUGCGAUUCAGGUUAGUGUGUAUUUAUAUAUCCUGGCUAAUUUCAACAUGAUAAUUGAUUCAUAUGCAUUGAAUAAAUUAACUAAAUACAUUCACGACCCAACCAGUUUAGCUACUAUUAUCCAUAUUUAAAGCAUAAUGGUUCUUAUAUUUAUGUGCCUCACCUCCAAGCAACGCUUUGACAAUAAUAGCUGUUCGUGCUUAUCCACCACAUCAUGGUUUGCCUAUAAGCAAAUGCUAAUUGCUGUAUUAUAUCUGCUAAAGAAACGUGGUGUUAUAUGUACUAUUUACAACAUGAGCGGCCGUGUUGUAUCGGAUAUACAAACUCGUCUUAUAUGCAGUUUUUUAUAAGCUUUCUGAUGAUGCAAGUCAUAUUUGUUGUAAUUGUAUACAAAAUUUCACAUUUUUUGGCUAUAAAAGAAUUUAAUAGAAGAUAAUCACUAAUCACCCGUUUUCAGGAGUUAGCAGCAAAAUAGCGAUGGCCCUACUUCAAAUAUCUAUUAAGUAAAUAAAACUACAUCAAUUGUAAAAGUUUGAUGCUUUUAACCUCAACGGGAACUACUGACCAAUAAGUAAUGUUUACAACAUGAGCGGCCGUGUUGUAUCGGAUAUACAAACUCGAGCCGAAGGCGAGAGUUUGUAUAUCCGAUACAACACGGACGCGAAUGUUGUAAAGAACUUAAAAAACGACUCAUUUUAUAAGUUCAUUGGCGAAGUAAUUUUAAAAAUAAACGUUGUCUAAGCCGAGAAAAUCAAAGUUAAAGUUUAUGUAAAUCAACAUGAAUCUGUAUCACAUAUACAGAUACGACACGCUUAUGAUUUUUCUUUGUGUUUUCUUCAUGAAUUUUUAAUGAGUUUUUUAAGAGGUGUUAUGAGGUGUUAUAUUAUUUACUGAAAAGAAUAAAUUAACAUUGUUUUCUACUUAUCUAAUGUGCUUAUACUGACUGAGGAUGUACUGAGAUAUAUUCGAAAAACAUAUACCAUACAUUUUCGAGAUUCGGAAGAUUACGUGAAUAGGGGCCAUUUAGUAAGUCCGCUUGGGAGGAGGGAGAGCGAGUAUGAUUGAUGCGUAUAUUUGCGUACGAAGGGGCGUUGCCACAACACAUAAACAUUGAAGUAGCAAUAACCUUUUUGGCGUCCCGCUGAGUCAUAAAGCGAGCAACGAAAGCGAAACUAGUCGGUAUUGGUAAGCAAACAACCCAACCACAUCCAAACGAAACCAUUAGGGUCUGCAGAAGAAAAGAAAUUUAGCGUAUGUACUAAAUGGAUGCCUCCAUUGCUUGUUUAAAUGCUUCAUUCAAAUUUCUUUCAAAAAGGUGUGGCAUACCAGUAAUUAUCAUGGGGGAGACAGGAUGUGGCAAGACUCGUCUGAUUAGAUUCAUGUGUGAACUUCAAGCUGGACCUGAUGGACCGAAAAAUUUGCUACUCAUGAAGGUUUGGCUAGUUUGGCUAGUCUAAGCACCUUACUUUUUGCUAAAUUUAUAAGUCACGGACAUUUCAUUGUAAUUUGAAUUUCAAUUUUCGAUGGAUUGUUUUAGGGACAAAUCGUUGUCGUAGAUAGAUUGGAGUAUCAUAUGUGCCUUUUUUGCCUGAGUUGGAAUUUAAAUGUUAGAAAUUUAUGUAAUUUGGUUGUAGUAAAAAUUAUUAAUGAUAAUGAAUAUGUUUCACAUAUAUGUGAAACCUUAACUGAAAAAACAGAAUGGCUGAACAGUGAUUUUGUGUCGGUAACAAACGAUUGUUUUCUUUUGUAUGCUUUUUGAUGUAUACUAUACUAUAUUUUGAGCAUACCAUGAUGUAAAUUUAAUCUGACAAUGUACACACAUUCAUGCAUUUAAUUCACAAUCUUCGUCUAAUUUUAAACACAAUUACAAUAUCCAGGGCUUGGGUGGAUAUUGUUGGUAGACUAUAUUAUUUAGCGGAUAUUUUGGGGCUAUUUAGGUACAUGGUGGAACAAAUUACGCAGAAAUUGAAAAGAAAGUGGAAGACGCAGAAAAAUUGGCUUUCUUCAAUGAGAAGAUAAAAGUUGAUACUAUUUUAUUCUUUGAUGAGGCCAAUACGACUGAUGCAAUUGAUCUUAUCAAAGAAAUUAUGGUUGACAGAAGAGUGAAUGGACGAGCUAUUAAUCUUGAGCUGACGAGACUGCAUUUCAUUGCCGCUUGUAAUCCAUAUCGAAAGUAAGUUAAAAUAGUUCGAAGUAAUUCGUUUCCUUUGUGGUUUGACGCAAUAUUCAAUUUUUAUUUAAUGGUACUAAACGAACCUUUGUCAUAAAAUUUUAAAUGUUGCGGCUGUUGAGAAAAAAGUUGUACUAUACAUUUUGAUUUAAGCUACUUUUCAGCUUAGUCGAUGUAAAACACUCAGAGUAAUAUCAGCCAAAAAAUUAAAUUAAAUGUUGAACACUACAACGACAAGGCGCUAGAUCACAAGAUAUCGAAGGAACUAGAUUAAGUCAUGUAGUAUCGCAUACUCGAGCCAAUUUGACCUCGGUUUGUAGAGUGUUAGACAUUCCAAUUGUCAUUACCAAAUCACCAAAUACCAUAUCAACUUAAUAUUAUUACUUUUCAGCACAUCUGUAGACGGAAACGUGUUAUCAAUUUAAACCAAUUCACGUGGCAAAUUUUAACCAUGCAGAUAGCGAAGACAUGCAUGCUGGAACACGGCUGCAAGACACCUACGAAAAAAAAAGUGUUUAUACAAGAAUUUUCGAUGAAUCAAAUCUAAUUUUUAAGCGCGUUUCAUAUUUAACAACACACACAAUUCUGAUAGCUUUCUGCAGAAUAUCUGUAUCUAUACUUGAAUGCAAGAUCAUGCAUUGCUUACUUUAAGAACUAGGCCGUUUGCCGUGACCCGAUAUCGUUCACUCUCAUUAAGCAUGUCGUGGAACUGAAAUAUUUUCACGGUAACUAUCAUUUUCGAACACGUUGAAUUCAAAUCAGAAAACUUCCCGCUCCGUAUUUUCACUUGUUCGACGAACAAAAAUAAACACGCGCCAUUUUGAAUUUACUCAGAGUAUGCCGUUUUUGCUACCCAGUCUCCGAUGCUCAUGGCCGAGUAAUUAUCAUCUAGAUCCAUUAGAGCAAUGUUAUUUUAAAUUCGCUGCAAAACAAACACAGUCACGUGGUUUUCAAAAUGGCUAGUCAGAUUUUCAGUUUAUUUGCCAGUAAAAUCGAUAAAAAAAUGAGAAAUAAAAGUUUAAAUUAAUGAUGUGUCAGAGAAAAGCAAUAAGGUAGGUGUUCUAUGUGUAUAUUUUUUGAGUUAUUUUUUGUUUAAGACUAAUGGCCUGUAAAGGAACAAACAAGUGAACAACCAUGACGAUUUAUUAAUUAUUGUAAUAUUGUAUUGCAUUUGCAUGUGUAUGAAAUAAAUGUUUAUCAGGUUACCUCUAUUUAAAACUUUCAGACACAUAUAUAAGACAUAUAAGGAAAGGAUUAAUUAAGGCCAUAACCUGUUGCCGACCUAUUUGUUCCAUGAUUUAUUGCAGCUUCAAGACUUAGACUGUGCUAGAAUAUACACAAGAAUAUGUAAUAGAGCAUACAAAUACGAUUCUUGCAUUCUGCAUGAAUAGAUUGGGUCUAAACUUGUAUUAAUUCUAUCCAAGGAAAGAUGUUUGGCUGACAGAGAUCAGCCUGGUUUUGCGACCUACAGUAGCCGCUCAAAUAAGCAGCCCCGAAAUUGGAGUAGCUAGGUGGAAGCAAAGCUGUGAGUUCAAAAUAUAUUUAACAGCAUUAAUGUUUUGUCGUCCAGUUUGACAAAGUAGGUUUGCAUGGUGAUAAAACAUAUAAUAUUAUUGUAUGUGGAAACACCACAUAAAUUUAUUAUUGCAAAACUUUCGAUCUGUAAGCGCGGAUCUUCAUCGGGCUUAUGGAUCGAAAGUUUUCCAGUAAUAAAUUCACAUGGUGUUCCCACAUUCAAUAAUAUUAUACUUUGUGUUGUUAUGCUGGGUUUUUUUCAGCUUGACAGUAAAUAAGUGGUUUGUUUUGUUGUAUAACCUGUUAGAAAUAAGUAAAAAUACACAACCUAAAUGUGAUCAAUGACAGGCUGUGCUGUGAUCACCUAAAUGUGAUCAAUGACAGGCUGUGCUCAGAUUCGUGUACUCUGUUCGGCAUGGGGGAAGCCACUUACAAAGAAAAAAUAUUUAACAUUUCUGAAGGCAUAGUUGUUUCGAUCACAGUCUUUCUUGCAUGGUAUAUGAAUUUAUGCUUUACUAUAUACUGAAAGAGAUUAAAGAUUCAGAUAUUUAGUUAGUAUGUCAUAUUUUACGAAUAUAUAGCAGUUCAAAAUUUAAAAGUAUUUGUUUACAUUACAGACUUUACAGCAUCUUUAAUUAAAUUUCAGUUCAAUUGAAAAUUUAAGACAUGGUAUAAACAUUUUAUUAUGAGAAUAUAUAAUUCAAUAAAUUGUGAUAAACAUUGUUUAGUUUUCAAACUCUAAUAUAAAAAAAAUGGCUCAACACAAAUGAGAAGAACAGUAUUUUAUAAUUGCAGUAUUUAAAACGAAGAGCCUGAGAAGCUAUAAAACCUAAUAUUAUCCCCAUGAAAGGAACACAAAUUUGAAUUAAUAGAAUUAUAAUAUAUGCAUACUGUAUGACUGGUCAGACAUCAGUCUUGCUUCUCACUUCUUUUAUAAUAAUAUUUAAUUGAACAAUUAAAUUUCAGUAUCAAUUUAUCUAGAAUAUGUAUUAUUCAUUAUAUAGAGUAUAUAUCAUUUACUUUAGUUACUGUUGACUGUUUUGGGGUUGUUUCCCCCCAUUUAACUUCAUUUUACCUGAUCAAGUAGCCUACACUCUAUAGGGAAUUAUGAACUACUUUUUGUGGAUCUUCAUGAGUUCAUGCGUUCAAUUGGGUUGUUUGUUCCUUUACAGGCCAUUAGUCUUAAACAAACUCAAAAAAUAUACACAGAGAACACCUACCUUAUUAAUUUCUCUGGCACAUCAUUAAUCUGAGUGAUGUUAUUUAAUUUCAAAAUGGCGCAUGCAGAGGAGGUCGGACAAGCGAGUUGUCACGUGAGCUCUCGACCAAUGAGAUCGCUCUAUUUUCCAUCGUGUUUUCUGCAGAAUUUGGACAGAAAAAUUUGCAUUUGAUGGAAAAUAAAUCGAGAAAAAAUACUAAUAUUAAUAUUUUCUUGCAAAAUUUCAAGUGUAGUAGUACUACUGCUAACGAUCUGGUGAUAUCUGCAAAAAUCUCUAAGGUAAACGUUAUUUUCAAUGCUAUUUUGAUGUUUGAAGUUAGUCGACUCACCGCGACGUGUUGACUCAAGUCUAAAUAUGUUUACAAUGUUUAAAAUCAAAUAUCUAGAAUUCCCAUGGUUCGAUUUUCCACAUUUUUGGUAGUCGACAAGAAAAUAAUAUAAGCUUUAAAUCUGCUGGAAUGAUCCCGGUGAUCCCGAUCCCGAGUUUUCGAGAUAUUGACCAUUGAAGCGACUAUGGUCAACUCGACAUUCGCUGAAAUGGCGUCUAAUACCUUGGAAAGAAUUUGCGCCAUCAAAGAUUAUAUUUUCAAUUAAUUUUUGUUAAAAUGUUAAAAUAUUAUUUAUAAUACUUAGGAGUUGUUUUAAUAUUUUUGUAGAAUUUAUAUCUGUGCGAUUUUCAAAGUUUGUUUGUCUUUGGCCGACGCGACUGGAUCAUGUACAUAUUCCCAUACGAGCUGAUCGCCUGAUCCUGGGGGUCUUGUUGCAAAUCGAGCUAAUAGCAGCCCAUUUCAAACCAUCGGAGAGCUCCACUCGUUUUAAAACAAUAAAACAAGUUUUUUAUUGUAUUAUCCUGUAUCAUAUAGCAAAUUAUAAAGUAUCGUGUUGUCAAUGUUAUAAUAUUGUGGUCAAUUUAUUGAAAUUGAAUAAAUAUUUAUAUAUAAAUAGACAUCUUCUUGUUUUGUUGUUGCAUUAAUUUUAAUCUGAAAAAAAUUAACACAAAGUAGGUCAAAUGCAUGGAUAAAUUAUUCAUUUAUUUUAUUUUAUUUUAUUUUAUUUUACUAAAGCAAUUUUUACAGUUAUGUACUUACUUGCAUGAGUGUACAUGACAGAUUGUUUUAAUUAGAUAUAGAAAGUUAUCAUUUAUAACCCAUGGUUUGUUUAAAAAAUGCUGGAAAAAUCUAAAAAUUUAGCCAAUUUAAAUAAAUGCACUUCAAUAACUUGCUGAACAUAGGUAGUUGUUAUUAUUUAUAUAAAACCAUCUGUCAAUGUACACUCUUGCUUUUCCUACCACAUGAGUCUCCCACAAACCAUGUCUCUAUGAAAAUCUUUGGAUAAAAUCCUAUUUUAAAAAGUCAACCCUGUACUUGAUAAGCUGAACAUAGACAUCCACGACAUCUCUUGCAGCAUUUAGUUGGUGAAGAUACUUGCAUAAUUCAGAAGCAAUAUAUAUAAUCAACAUGGGGCCAUCCAGUUCCAUAGUCUAGAUCAAUUGCUAUUGCACUUGGGACCCUUGGAUUCAAUGGCUCUGGCCGUAUUCUUACAAUCACUAGUUUAUCUUGUUCAUGAAGAGUGAGGUAUGCCUUUUUCAAAUGAUGUUGGUAGUGGUUCUCAUGAGCGGCAUUGAUGCACUUGAAUGGUACAGCCUCCUCAUCACUUAACUCAUCAUCAUCUUCUGCCCUAUCACCUUGAUCACCUCUUUCAUUAUCAUAUCCAUCCUGAACAGACUCAAGACCAGCCAACAACUCAAGUAAAUCUCUUUCUACAAAAUCAUCACAAGAAAAUUAUUAUUCCAUGCACCGUCAUCUCUAAAAUUAGCAAUCUUACACAAAAGCACAUGUAUGUAACCUCUAAAUUCUUAAUACCUAACUGUGUAUUUAGAACCACACACAAACAUAGCUAUAUUUAGAUGAAACUUGAAAAAUAUUAAACUACAGUUUGCACAUUUAGGGCCUGUUUAUAUGAUCCAGGCGGGACGGGAUGCUUACCGAGAUCCCGCUCAUAAUACAAAUUCUAAAGAGUGUUUAUAUUAUCCCGCCACUUAUCCCGCCUAGACGGGAUCUCGGCAACAGAUACCGGGAUCCCGCCUAAGCGAGAUGAAAAAUUAACAUAUAAACACUUCAUCCCGCCUAGCCGGGACGAAAAAUUCCCAUAUAAACACUUCAUCCCGGCUUAGCGGGAUGAAUUUUUCCCUUUUGAGCAUGCGUAAACGACAAUAUGACAUGCAACAAAAAUAUGACGUCAAGCACUUAAAUGGCUUCAUCCCGCCAAUGUAUUUUGUGCAUAUAAACACUAGGCGAGUAUCCCGUCUAGGUGGGAUGAAAACGUCCCGUCCCGUCUAGGCGGGAUCAUAUAAACAGGCCCUUAAUAAACAACCAUCCACAACUAGAUACAAACAGACAUCAUAGGGUCAAACUAGAGGGUUGAAUUUAAUAUUUGAAAUAUUACGCAAUAUUAAAAUUUGUACAGUGUAUAUUUAUAACAUUACUUAACAGUACAAUAUUGAAAACAGCAAAGUGGAAAUUUGAAACAAGUCAACUGUAUUGCAUUGUAGGAUACCAACCUUAAAUACUGCGCUUGUUUUCACGUUGAUGAUACACGGAGAUUUAACGCCAUCCAACUUAGAAAACGAUUUUCAUUAAGCAUGUCGUGGAAUUGAAAUAUUUUCACAGUAACUAACAUUUUCAAACACGCUGAAUUCAAAUCCGAAAACUUCCCGCUCCGUAGACCCACAGUUUUUUCACAAAUUGCAUUUGUAUUUUCACUUCUUCGACGAACAAAAAUAAACACGCGCCACAGAGGAGGUAGGACCAGCAGGCCGCAAAGCAUCAUGGGUUUGAGCGCCUAAUUCCAAGCGUGGCUUCAAUGACUCUUUGACUGUCGUGGAGUGAAAAUAUCUCUGAGUAAACAAAUAUGCAAGCAUUCGAAAGAUUGUCAGGCUGCAAUACUUAUUGCUAGCUACUGUACCAAGUUUAUCUUAUAUUAAAUUGCAUGGGACAUGCUGUAAUUUUAGCUUUAUAAAUAAUCCGCGAAGGAAUUGUUAUUCCCAAGGCUCUUCUUUCUAGGCAUAUUUUGAGGUCACGGCAAACGGCCUAAACAUUCUUUACAUGCACACAUUUAGAGCUACUAGUUUGAGGCUGCCCUCCAUUUUUAUAUAUAAAGAAUCCAAGCAAUUAUAGUUUUGAUGACUCAUUUUAGGCACACAAAAGAGAUGAUUAAGAAACUAGAAUCUGCUGGUUUGGGGUAUCAUGUGUCGGCUGGUGAAACUGACGAUAAAUUAGGUAUGACGCUAUUAAAAAUGUCAUUAAAAAUGAUUACUGUAAUUCAUAGCUUGAGCAUGGACGUAUACACUGUAGCCUCGCGGACAGUUGUGUAGAACUGUAGAUCGUUUUCCCUUAUAAUACUGGCUCAGCAAUAGCCAAAACUUCGGACGAAACCAAUGUUGAAAUGCUGGAUACGGGUUGGAGUUAUAACAACUUUGCCUGUAUACAAUGUGCCAAUGUGCUAAUUUUAAAGUUUGCUAUUUACCAGAAUAAUAAGUUGCUGCAUAAGUGUUUCAAGCAUUAUCUCAUACCAGUGUUAAAAGCGGCUCUCUGAUUGGUUUAGAGCAGGUGAGCUUGUCGUCGAGCUCACCUGCUUCUUGCUCGAACUCACCUGCUUUUCGCCGAACUCACCCGCGAAACUGCUUACGUUGCAAUAUAAACAAUAACAAAUAUGGAGGACAAGAUUUAGCCGAUAAACCUAAACUUUAAAGAAUUUUUUUCGGUGACCUAACCUAUAGGCUAAGAGCCUAAGAAAGACUGAAGAAAAAAGUUCGGGAAACUUCCAGCCACCUUCGGUGCGUCCAAUCCCGGACUCACUUCCCUAAAAGUAUGUUUGUUACAAAGCCUAUCGUAUAAGCCUGUAGAAAGUUAAGACUCGGCAACUUGGUCCAUUAUUUAGUAUAUAUUUUUUUUAAAUUAAUUAUCUAUUUUUGGCUCCUAUACAUUCCCCUUCUGACCUAAUUUCUCGUUAUUCGUUAACAAUUUAUUGUUGCCGCCCUUCUUUGAAGCCCUUUGAAGCCCUUCUCUACUAUCGCCAAACUGGGAGUACUGGAACAUACAGCAUAUAUAUAUAUAUAUAUAUAUAUAUAUAUAUAUAUAUAUAUAUAUAUAUAUAUAUAUAUAUAUAUAUAUAUAUAUAUAUAUAUUGUUAUAUACUGUUAUACUCUUCUUUACAGGGUCAAUUCCACUCCGACAGCUUGUGUAUCGUGUCCAUCCUUUGCCAGAGAGUAUGAGACCGCUAGUGUGGGACUUUGGCCAGCUUACAGAUCAUACAGAAGAACUUUAUACUACGCAAAUAGUUCGAAGGUUCAUGUUAUCACCAACGCCAUGU